AUGUUGCCAAUUGAAUAUAUUGGUCGUUCAAGUUCAUCAGAAACAAAUUUUGAUUUUGAUGUUUUUAAUGAACAAUGGUUAAAGUCGAAUGAAACAAAUCAAUUACAUUGGAUUUGUCGACCAAAUUUGAAUGUAAUUCGUCAUCGAUAUGCAACAAAUUUGACCGAUCUUGAACGAAUUAAAAUUCGCUGUGACAUCAAUGAUCUUCGUGAAGAAACAAUUCGAGUUGAUGCUGACAGAGGACUUGUAAUCAUCAAAGCAUUGCGACAAACAUCUGACAAAAACGUUUUUGAAAAACGAAUUGAAUUGAGUAGUGAUGCCGAUAUACAAACAAUGAUGUCGUUUAUUGAUCCACAACGACACGAACUGAUCAUUGCAAUGAUCGUUGCCAAUGUUCAACAUCGACGUGAUUCAUUACCAACGAUCAAUACUUCAUCACGUCGACGUUGUUCACUACAAACAUCGUCUUUGAGUGAUGUACGACGAUCAUCAAUAUCAGGAUUGACUAAUAAUGAUCUACUCAUGGAAAUUCCACCUGAAUUUAUUCUCACGGGCAAAAUAUUGAGCAUCGAAAAGCAUACAGAAUUGUUCAUCGGUGGUCGUCAUUUGUCUCGACCUCCACAUCCAAUUCGAGUACGACACGGUUUAUGUCUUGUCGAUGUACAUGACCCUUCAAAACAAUCAUCCAAUGAGAAUGAUUCUCAAUCAGUGAUACAAAUCAAAAUCGAUUUAUGUCCGGAAUUUCUUCGCAAUGAACAGAAAAUUAUUAUUCGAGAAAAUUCAACGAUUCCUCUUGGAUCAUUAUCAGGCAAUUGGAUUGAUCUCUAUCAAGAUCAACGUUCAGCACCGACCAAUGAUGUUCUCAUCGAGAUUAAUUCAGCUGAUUUGAUUCGAGAUCGAACAAUUCUUGUACAGAAAAAUUAUACAUCGAUGAUCAAUGGAGAAGAAGUCAACAGUGAACAAAAACGUCGUUUGAAUGAAAAUCCAUAUACAAAAUUGGAUCGAUUGAAUUCGAACAAUCUCAUGGAAAUAACUCUCAAAUUGGCUCCGGAUGUAUUUUCUACUGGCAGAUCGUUCAUUAUCCGACAGGAACUCGCUUCUCCAUUGGCCAUCGAACUUCAACAACAUCAGCGUCGUCAUUCUCCUCUUAACUCCGAUCAAGAACAGAGAAAACAUAAUGAUACCGAAACAACAAUGUCAAUCAAAAAAUUCAUGACGAAACGUGUAUGGAAUCCAUCAUUAUCGUCUGAUGGACGUCGAUUACAAUUUCAUGUUCCUUGUCUCAAUGCAACGAUGAAAGCUCGACCCGAUCAAUAUCGAGUCAAGAUCGAUGAACACCAGCAUCAUCUACGUAUCGAAGUUUAUUUAGAACCGAACUACAUUCGAUAUCGAGAAGUUAGGUUGCCUGUCUCAGUUCAACUCGAUCAACUUACAUGUAAUUUCGAUAACCAAAUGACUUCUCUGAACGUUUCUGUUCCUCUUCAGUGAAAGUUUCGAUCGCUUUAUUCAUGUAACAGAAUCCCAAAAUUUCCCUAUAUUAUGCUUUUUUUUCCUGUUUGAUUAAAAUGAAUCCAACAACUCGUGCAUGCUCAUCAUUCAUUGCAAAACAAAAAUAAAUAUUGAUCAUUUAUCUCUACUGCAUCGACGGAAAAUUAUGAAACAAUACUAUUGCUGAUCGAACUGAGAAAGAAUCAUUCUAUUUCCGAUAUACACAAUCUUGUUUGGAAAGUAUCCAGACAACUAUCUGUCUGUGUAUCUCAUUCUCAAUUUGUGCAGUCAGAAAAACAGAUUUUUUCUUAAAUGAGAUAUUCUACUCCCUAUGAGAAUUAACAAUCGAGAUUGUUAUUUCGAAUUUUAGGAAACUUUUUUUGAACCGUACAGAACGAGAUUUAUUUCUCUUUUGCACAAUGGUAUGCAUUCAUUUGGCAUCCAAAUAAGACGCACCGAUAUGCAAAUAUAAAACUAUUACUGCAACACACGCGACUAUUUUUUCGUAACUAGCAUAGCCGUCUUUUUUAAAAGAGUGUGGAUGUGGGCCAAAAGAAGAUGAAUGUCCACACCCACACUCUACAGGGAAAUCUAUAGGGAGCCACACUACUACCCAGAAAAAAAUCAAACAAACGCAUUCUUCACAUUUUAAUGUAAAAUUUCUUCCAUACUAAAAAUCUGUUCGAUAUAUUCACCGUUAAUAAUUACAUGUCUCUUUGGAUACACCAUGGCCGUUUUUCUCACAGAUAAGUAUUAUAUCACUUAAGAUACGUCGCUUGUUUCAAGACCACAUGCUACUUCUUCAAGCUUGACAAUAUGACGAGCUCAUAUCCAAUUAGGUGAUCUACGAUUGACUGAACCAACAUUCAAAUGAUCUAAGGGUGUGGGGUGUGGGUGUGGUAACAUCUUCGAUGAAUUUUCUUAUUCUCUUGCAUGCGUAAAAAUAAUAAAAAAGUAACUUAAGAUGUUUUCACAAACAAGAUGAGAUGAUAUUACAAUGUUUAAAAUGUUCAUGU